AUGUCGUUCCGUCCUCGUAAUCAACCACGACCCACACAACAAGCCAAGCGAUAUCGUGCAGGCCACGUUCCAGAAAACUAUGUCGACGAACUAUCUGAAAGUGAAGAGGAGGAAGAGGAACAGCUGCAACUACAACAACAGCAACAACAACAGGAACGAUCAGAAAAGCACCAUGGUCAAUUGCAGUUCGCACAAAAGGAAGUCGUCACUGGACUCAAGCAAAUCGAGAUCUCAGAGCAAGAUGCAGCAUCCGAUCGGCGAUUACGGCGAUUACGACAAGCACAACAAGCUGAAGCUGUAGAAAAGGAUGACGCUGGUCGACGGAGGCGACGACGUUUUACAGACGAGCAAGAGCCAGCACAAGAAGAAGAAGGAGAGGAUGAGGAAGAGCAACGAAGAUUGCGUAUCAAGCAAAAGGCAUUGGAGCAACAACAACUACAGGAAGCCAUUGAACGACAAGCUGAACAAGAAGAAGAAGAGGAAUCUGAAGAGGAAUCUGGGGAAGAAGAGAGUUCAAGCGAGUAUGAAACGGAUAGUAGUGAAGAGAAUGGUUUACAAAGUCUACCCAAGCCAAUGUUUAUACCAAAGGCCCAUCGUGAAACGAUCAUGGCUGAAGAAGAACGACAGCGAAAGGAAGAGGAAAUGGAGAAACAGUACGAGGAAGAGUUGGAGGCUCGCAAGAAGCAAUCGCAUGCCAUGUUGGCUGAUGAGCUCAAGCGUGAAAAGGAGGAGGCCAUGGAAAAGGAACUUGCUGAACAAGACAACACUGUGGAUGAUACCGAUUACAACGACCAAGCCGAAUUUGAUGCAUGGAAAGUGCGUGAGCUUAAACGUAUCAAACGUGAUCGGGAAGAGCGCAUUGCUCGUGAGCGUGAGCAAGAAGAAAUUGAACGUCUACGUGAAUUACCCGAGGAUGUGCGACAUCGAUUGGCUAUGGAAGAAGCAGAAAAGACAAGACAAAAGGACCGUGGUCAGCAUACGUUUAUGCAAAAGUAUUACCAUCGUGGUGCAUUCUAUCAAGAUGAUAAGGAAGAGGUGUUUCAACGUGAUUAUUCGGCUCCCACCAUUGAUGAAGUUCGCAAAAAGGAAUUAUUGCCCAAGGUUAUGCAAGUCAAGAAUUUUGGUUUGGCUGGGCGUACCAAAUGGACCCACUUGGUCAAUGAAGAUACCUCCAGCAAAGAUGAUUUAUGGCAACAAGGCGCUUCUUUACUCAACAAAAAGCGACGAGGGGGAGAUGAUGGCGAAAGUUCAUCUAAGCGAUCAAAAAGGCAUUAA